AUGGCCUUUCUAAUGAAAAGUAUGUUGAGCAACCAGGUAAAGAAUUUGGGACUUGGAGGUGGAGGGGAAGAAAGCAAAGAAGAAAGCACUCCUUCUGAUCCAGCAGCAGCUGCAGGAAUGACCAGAGAGGAGUAUGAGGAGUAUCAAAAGCAAGUGGUUGAGGAGAAGAUGGAAAGAGAUGCAGCUUUUGCACAGAAGAAAGCAGAGCGAGCCUGUCUGAGGGUCCAUCUGAGAGAAAAAUACAGACUGCCUAAGAGUGAACUGGAUGAGAAUCAAAUACAGAUGGCUGGAGAUGAUGUGGGUUUGCCAGAAGACCUUCAAAAGAUGGUGGCAGAAGAUCAAGUGGAGGAGGAGGACAAGGACUCGAUCCUGGGACAACUGCAGAACAUCCAGAACAUGGACAUGGAUGCGAUCAAAGAGAAGGCACAAGCCACCUUCACCGAAAUGAAACAGGCAGCUGAACAGAAAUGUUCUGUGAUGUAG